CAGCUGGACUCGUUACGUUCACCCAAGGAGCGUUUGUGGUCGCGGCGGCGUUUCGUUAAACCUCAUUCAUAUUGGUGCGUCCAUAUUAAGAUAAAUGCCCGGUGGUCCAGGCCGUUUUCGAGUGACCCCUUCAUUUUAUCAGUCAGAUUUGGCUCUACGGUCUGGCUAAGCCUUUAAUAUUUGAACUCUUGAGGGUGUGUGUGUGUGUGUGUAGUAAGAGGCUCAGACUUUUGCCACCAUGCUGGCUCUGUCCAGAUGUUCAGCGGCUUUGAGCUGGAGGCUUCCCCUGCGUUGCUCCGUCACAGCCGACCCUCAGUUUCUAAAGGGCCAGACUGCUCAAUUUCACCAAAGUAAAGCCAGAGCAAGUCCUGAUCCAAACAAGAUCACCUCAGUGUCUGGUUUGGAGGGGGCCCUGAUCGAGAUGGGCCUGGUCCUGGGCAUCAGUGCUGUCGGAGCGGCCCUGGCUGGGAUCUUCCUGGUCAACACUGACAUUUGUCUUCCUAAAGGUCGAAACGUAUUGCUGGAGCAACUGGAAGAAGCCGAUCUGCGUUCCACCAAGGACGAUGGAACCGUUAUAAAAGCGAAGAGCCUGUGGCAGAAGAGUGGAGCGGUGGUCAUGGCCGUACGACGGCCUGGAUGAUUUUUGUGCAGAGAGGAGGCCUCUGAGCUGUCCUCUCUGAAGCCCCAGCUGAGAAAGCUCGGGGUCCCUCUGAUUGCCGUGGUUAAAGAGAACAUCGGCUCAGAGAUCCAGGACUUCAGACCGCACUUCUCUGGGGACAUCUACGUAGAUGAGAUGAAACGUUUCUAUGGACCACUGGAGAGAAAAAUGGGAGCGCUAGGCCUCUUCCGGCUUGGGGUGUGGCAGAACUUUUUUCGGGCCUGGAGGUCUGGUUACGAAGGUAACUUGCUCGGCGAGGGCUUCAUCUUGGGAGGAGUGUUCGUCAUUGGCCCAGGAGAUCAGGGAAUCCUCCUGGAGCACCAAGAGAAAGAGUUUGGCGACAAGGUGGACAUAGCAGACGUCCUGGAGGCUGCACAGAAAAUUGUUCCACUGAAAUGUUGAUUUAGAUCAGAGCUAAAAUGAACAGAUAAUUCUUUUUACGUUGACUAAUAUGGCAAUAUACCUCCAAGUAAUUUUGGUGUUGAAUAUGAAAUUGCAUUUUAAGGCACAUGACAGAAUGAAUGUUUAUCACAGAUAUGUUUUUUUUCUAAUUAUAAUCAGAGAAAGGUACUUUCUUUCAGAUACAUUAAGAUUCAGGUAGAGCGAUUAUAAAACGAAGCAUCGCUUGAAAAAGAUCCAAGCUACUUAUUGAAUUCCAAAGGCUUGAUGUCAUAUUGAAGUGUGAUGUUUAAUCAUCAGUCCGUCAUAUGUAACUGCUAUAUUUGUCAUGUGUUUAACACGUUAAAGCUUAACUUGUCCGUCCUUGGAACAUCCUCGGUCAUUGGAGACAGCAGUGUCUGGUCUGUGUGUGUGAAAUAAUGACAACUUGACUCUAAACUCAGUGCAGAGAGGAGCAGGUUUGAUGCCCCCCACACACACACACAGGUUCAGCUGCUGUCAUUAUGCUGGGGAGUGUUUAAGGCGCUUCAGGUUUUAUUUUACUUGUACGAGUGUUUUCAUGCGAGGAAUGUUCUGUUUGUACCUGGACACUUGCUUCCAAUCUGUAGAUGAAUAAAUCAUCACUGUUC